UUGUGUACAGGAGGCUUUUGUUUCAACAAGUUCUUCGUUUCAGGCGACAUUCAUGGACAAUAUUAUGAUCUUUUGCGGUUGUUUGAGUGCGGCGGCUUUCCGCCCGAUUCUAACUAUCUUUUCCUUGGCGACUAUGUCGACCGAGGUAAGCAGUCAUUAGAGACCAUUUGCCUGCUGUUAGCGUACAAAAUAAAGUAUCCGGAAAAUUUCUUCCUGCUUCGAGGCAACCAUGAAUGCGCAUCGAUCAAUAGGAUCUACGGAUUUUACGACGAAUGUAAGCGACGGUACAACGUCAAGUUGUGGAAGAUCUUCACCGAUUGCUUCAACUGUUUACCAGUGGCGGCCAUCAUUGACGAAAAGAUUUUCUGUUGUCAUGGAGGUCUUAGUCCUGAUUUGCAGAAAAUGGAACAGAUAAGACGUAUAAUGCGCCCCACUGACGUCCCUGACCAAGGUUUAUUGUGUGACCUUCUAUGGUCAGACCCGGACAAGGACGUGAACGGCUGGGGAGAAAACGAUCGUGGCGUUUCGUUUACGUUCGGGGCCGAAAUUGUACAAAAAUUUCUUGUGCGACACGACAUGGACCUGAUUUGCCGCGCUCACCAAGUACGUCAACUUUAUCUCUUUCUCAUCUUUGUGCUUGUCUAUGAGAAUUCAUUGCAUUAAUU